CCAUCAUCACAACAAGUUCUUCAAUCAUCACACACACACAACAAGCCUUCAAUCUCAACGUUCCACGAACAACACUUCCCAACAAAUCACCAUGUACUUCUCCAAGAUCGCCAUCCUCGCCGCUGCCACCAUGGCUAGCACUGUCGUUGCGGACAACUGCUUUGCUGGAUACGCGUACUGCGAGGGUAACCUUUUGACUCAGGGCGACUACGCCUCCACCAUCUACCAAGUCCUCGACGCAGCGGGCCAACCCACCGACGCCAACGCGCGCGCCAAAGCCCUGUUCAACUGCGUCAACGGUGGGGCUAUCCAGUUCAUCACUCUUUGCGGUGGCGACUGCAAGAACGAGCCUUUUGGUAGCCAGGUUAGUGAUCACUGCUAGAUCACUUCCCUAGUCACUUUCUUGGUUACAUAGAGUUCCCGAGGGAAGAGAAUAAAGUGGAGUAAGCUCGCGAUGUGGGGGAUGGGGGAUGGCAAAGGGGUCGGCAAAGGGGAGAUGGGGGAUGUGGAGGCGAAUGAGAAUGUGGAAGUGGUUAGGUAGAACUGAAUGUUACGCUCGUUACUCUAAGUUUUUUUUGUUGCUGUUUUGAUGUUAUGGCAAUACACCAGUGAUGUUGGUGGGGAUGUCAGGUUCCGAUCAUGUUAUUGGUGAAUAUGGUUCACUCACAAUGAAAAGACAUGGUAGCAAGACUGUCAUGUUUG